ACAAACUCAUUGGCGAUCAUAUAGCCACCACACCAUACCACCACAAACAUCACACUAAACGAAGAAAAAUAUUUUCAUCUCCUUCUUCCAUUGCCGGUACACACCAUCUUCUGUCGACCUCAUUCACACACGCAUUACGCAAACGUGCACCAACACAUAUCCGUUCGUCAGAAACGAGUCAAUUUUAUCGAGCUAUCACCCAUCCGUCCUCAUUUAACCGACAACUUCUGAAAAGUCAACAGCUCGUUCCAAACGUCUACAAACCGUGAUAAUUCGUUAGUACGAAAUCUAAAUAUUCCAAAUAAGUGAAAAUGGCUGACGUUGUUGAAAAUGCCGAAAUCCCAGUAGUCGAGAAGGAAGUCGAGGAAACUGAUGCCCCGAAAGUGGUUGAAGCCGACGAAAAGGCAGUAGAAAAUGGCCACGUUGAGGCUGCUCCAACAAAGAAUGGUGAUGUGGAAGCAGCAGCUCCCGUAGAGGAGGAAGAAGAAGAAUCCAAGGAUGGCGAAGAAGAAGCCAAAAAUGGUGAUUCAACAGAAGCUCCAGCCACCGAAGCUGUAAAGCGAAAAGUUGAAAGUGAUAGUGCCGACGCUGCAGAAGAAACUGCAGAAACACCUGAAAAAAAAUCGAAACUAUCGGAAGAAACCAUAGCCACAGUUGAAGCUGAGGCGACCGCUUAAAAAUUUCAUCCUUAUAAAUUCAAUACACACACACACACAUCCCAUCAUCCCAAAAAACAAAGUUGUCAUAUGACUUAUCAAAUAUCAUCUUACAUUUGACUUUUUUUUAGUUUGUUAAACAUACCUAAAGUAAAUUGAAAAAAAAAAUUAUGUGUAAAGUUUAGAAAAGAUGAUAAUAUUCUUUAAAAAAAAAUCAUAAACUAACAAUAAGAGGAAUGUAAUUUUGUGAAUACUAAUUUGACAUUUACAUUUAUGAUAAAUUUCUUGAUGAAAAUAAUAUUAUUGUCGGUUAAAAUGUAAUCGUUCAGAAAAUCGUUCAGAUUUUCAAUUUGACAUAUGGGACAGUAGAUGAUUGAUUUUUUUCUUUGACAAAGAAUAGCAUAAAUAAUAAAAGAUACAAAAUCGAAUUGACUUGUCUCUUUUUUUCUGAAUUUUCUUAACUUUACGGAUUCAGUUUUUUUCGAGUAUUUUAAUUAUUUAACUAACGAAAGAGAGAUACUUAAUUGGAUAUACAUUCCUAACAAAACUGAAAAUGAAAAAAAAAACAUAUUUUUAGUUUAAUGAAACAAACAAGAAAAAGUACAUAAAAAAUGGAAAACAAACAAGGAAAAACCACCACCAAUUACAAAAUUUGAUAAAGUGAAAAUUUAUUGGAUUUUACGUUUUAAUAAAACAAUUACAAAUCUCAACACGAAAAUUUUUGUUUUUUUAAUUUUAUUUUUGAAUAUCAGAUGAAUUAUGCAAAGUGGUAAUGGACAUUUCGUUAGUACUUUUACAAUAUUGGAAAAGAUGAUAAAGAAAAAUUAUCAAAAAAAAAAUAUUUGAAGUUAGUUCAUAGGAUAAAAUCGUUCUCCCUCUCUAAAAACCACACACCCCCGACACACACAACUCAUCCCCUUAAUCAAUUUUACUAAUCUUAGAAUGUUAAAUUAUUAUUUUUUUUAGUUUUUUCUUCGUUUGUAAUUAUUUUGAUUAAUUUUGUAUUAAGGAAAUAUAUUGCAAACUCGAAAACAAAAAGAGAACUGUAGAAAGUUUGCAUAAA